GCCAAAGUCAGUAAAGGAGGCGUGUGCGCUGCUGCUCUGUGGGUCGUUUCCCUAUUUAAACAAUAACGAAAUCUACAAUAGACUCCUAACCGACGGUGGGUCAGUAACGAUGGCUGAAGGUGACAACAAGAGCGCAAAUAUGCUCGCUCAGGAAACGGCCCAGCUGGAGGAGCAGCUGCAGGGCUGGGGUGAGGUGAUCCUGGCUGGGGAUCGCGUCCUGCGCUGGGAGAAGCCGUGGUUCCCCGGUGCCCUGAUGGGUGUCACCUCCGUGGUCUUCCUUCUGAUUUACUACCUGGACCCUUCAGUGCUGACUGGGCUCUCCUGUGCUGUCAUGCUGCUUUGCCUAGCAGACUACCUGGUGCCCACCCUCGCACCCAGAGUCUUCGGCUCCAAUAAGUGGACCACUGAGCAGCAGCAGCGUUUCCACGAGAUCUGCAGUAACCUGGUGAAAACCCAGCGCCGCAUGGUCGGCUGGUGGAAGCGUCUCUGCGCCCUGAAGGAGGAGAAGCCCAAAAUGUACUUUGCCUCAGUGAUCAGCAGCCUGCUGGCGGUGGCCUGGAUCGGACAGCAGGUGCACAACCUGUUCCUGACCUACCUGAUCGUGAGCUUCCUGCUGCUGCUGCCCGGCCUGAACCAGCACGGCGUCAUCACGAAGUACGCCUCCAUGGCCAAGAGGGAGAUCAACAAACUGCUCAAACAGAAGGAGAAGAAGAACGAGUAGACAGAAGUGCGGAUGAAGGGGAAACCUCUGAAAGAUGAACGACGACACAAAAUGAAAGAUGGAAGGAAGUUGUUUGAAGAAGAGAGGAGAGCAAAACGAGCCUCCUGCUUUCGGUCUCUGCCGCAGAGAAAGAAGCACUUUUUUUUUUUUUUUUUUUUUUUUUUUUUUUCACACAUUGGAUAAGUUUAAUUUCUCUCCCACACCUUCUCACAUUUAAACCUCAAGCACUUGGUUGUGUUUUUUUAAAAGAUUUAUCCGCCAUGCAUGCCGCCACCACAUGAAGGUUCUGAUAUUGUCACAUGUUCAUCCCAGCACUGAGACGCGCAACAACACACACACACACCCAGUGACAUCCCCCCCUCUGUCUCUUAGUUCAGUGUGCUUCACUUUAAGAUGUCAGUAAUGCUUUUAAGCCAUUCCCUCUACUUAGACAAAGUGACUACUGAGCAGUUUUUGUAGCAUUACUGCAUCAUUUUAACCUCCCAUAGAUUUCUCAGUUUGUUUUUUUUUCAGGAUCUUUUUGUCACAUAAGGACAGGUCAUGUAAAUUUUACCUUUUUUUGCUUAUUCUGCUUUGGUUCUAUUUAUAAAAAUAAAAAAAUGAUAACGCUGAAAACAACUGGAUUUAAAUCUGAGUUCAUCAGGAGUGCAACUGUAAGUCUACUGCUGUACCGCUGCUAGCUGGACUCUGCUCCGUAUGUCCCUCAGUGUCCUGAUGGGGGCUGUCUGUGUAAAUAGGCUCUCUCACUCUAUCCCUCCCUCUGUCUGUCUCCUUUUCUCUGUUCUUCUUGUUUGUCUCUCUUUUCCUCAAUUUCAUUGUUUCUGGUUUGAUUUGUCUUUGAACUCAUUUCAUUAUUUGUCUUUAUUGGAGUUCUUUACCAAAAUGAAUAAAGUUUGAUUUAAAUUAA